AUGAGCGGCCCCCCGACGCUGGCCUCCGGGGUGGAGGAAGCUGUAUCCACAGGAAUUCUUGGAUUUGGGACGGACUGGCCCAGGGCCCCCAAUGUCAGCCGCCCACCUGGGAGUUUGGGCGGGGAGGAAGAGGAGGGAAGAGGGGCAGGAGGUGAGGCUGGAAUGAUCGUUAUACAGUCCAUCUAUGCCCUGGUAUGCCUGGUGGGGCUGGUGGGUAAUGCCUUAGUUAUCUUCGUCAUUCUGUGCUAUGCUAAGAUGAAAACAGCCACCAAUAUCUACUUAUUGAAUCUGGCCAUUGCUGAUGAGCUCUUCAUGCUCAGCGUGCCCUUUGUGGCCUCUUCUGCCGCCCUCCGCCACUGGCCCUUUGGCUCUGCCCUCUGCAGGACUGUGUUGAGUGUUGAUGGCCUAAAUAUGUUCACCAGUGUCUUCUGCCUGACAGUACUCAGUGUAGACCGCUAUAUUGCUGUGGUGCACCCCCUGAGAGCUGCCACCUACCGAAGGCCCAGUGUGGCCAAGCUCAUCAAUGGAGGAGUAUGGCUGGCUUCCUUGCUAGUCACUCUGCCCAUUACCAUCUUUGCAGAUACCAAGCCCACUCGAGGUGGCCAGGCUGUGGCCUGCAACCUCCACUGGCCUCAUCCAGCCUGGUCUGCUGUCUUUGUGGUCUACACCUUUCUCCUGGGCUUCCUCCUUCCUGUCCUGGCCAUUGGCCUCUGUUAUCUGCUUAUUGUGGGCAAGAUGCGAGCAGUGGCCCUCAGGGCUGGCUGGCAGCAGAGGCGCCGAUCAGAGAAGAAGAUCACCAGACUGGUGCUCAUGGUGGUAGCUGUCUUUGUGCUUUGCUGGAUGCCCUUUUAUGUGGUACAGCUGCUGAACCUCUUCAUGCCCAGCCUGGAUGCCACUGCUAAUCAUGUGUCCCUCAUCCUCAGCUAUGCCAAUAGCUGUGCAAAUCCCAUUCUAUAUGGCUUCCUCUCAGACAACUUCCGACGUUCAUUCCAGAGGGUGCUCUGCCUUCGUUGUUGUCUCCUAGAUGCUGCUUCCGCUGCUGAGGAAGAACCUUUGGACUACUAUGCUACAGCCCUCAAGAGCAAAACGGGUGGGUGCAUGUGCCCCAGUCUGCCCUGCCAGCAGGAACCUGUACACCCAGAACCCUGUGGCAAGCAUGGCACCCUUACGAAGACCACCACCUUCUAA